GGCCGCGAACGCUUCCCCUCCAUCGGUGGAUCGGCGGAUGGCGAGUGCAACGUGAACGAUAUCGCUCGUCGCGCUCCUCUCGGUUUUCAUCCUCUUCUCCAUCAUCCGACACUGUUGUUUCUGAUUUUGUUGUUGUUGUUGUUGCGUCCGAGUGUUCCUCCUGAUUUGGAGUGUGGGUGUGCGUGCGUCUUACUUUUUUUGUUUGUGAGAGUGAUUCGGCCGCCCGCGCGGAACUGAUCCACUGGAGCGCUGGAUACUUCGAGAUACGCGGCAAGGGAGCCGAGGCCGAGCGAGCCAUGCCCGUGAUCAGCUCGGACCCCGACGACUCAUCGACGCAGUCGCUCAGGCCAUCGCCGGGGUCCGCUGCCUCGCCACCGGCCACGGCUAAGCUGUGCGCGGCCUGCGGUGCGCCCAUCGCCGACCGCUUCUACCUGCUGGCGGUGGAGCGCCAAUGGCACACCCACUGCCUGCGCUGCUGCCACUGCAAGCAGCAGCUCGACUCAGAGCUCACCUGCUUCGCCAGGGACGGGAACAUCUACUGCAAGGAAGAUUACUACAGGUUGUUCGCCGUCAAGCGCUGCGCCCGCUGCCAACAAGGCAUCUUCGCCUCGGAACUGGUCAUGAGAGCGAGGGACCUCGUCUAUCACCUGCAUUGCUUCACGUGCGCCUGGUGCAACGCCGCGCUGGCGCAGGGGGACCACUUCGGACUGCGCGACAACCUCGUUUACUGCCGCACCCACUUCGAGCUGCUGGCCGAGGGCUGCCAGCCGGGCUUGGCGCCCAUGCUGGACGACGAGGCGCCGCCAGGACCCCUGACCGCCGGGCCGCCUCCGGCCUACGUACCGCCCCAGGGUCAAUACGGGGUCCGCAAGGGAAGGCCCCGCAAAAGAAAGCCAGGAGAUCUGCCGGACGGUCCGCAACACAUCGGCCUUCCGGACCUGGCUUCCCUUGACGGCAACGGCCCGUCGGCACUCCAGCAGCAGCAGCAGCAGCAGCAACGCACCAAGCGCAUGCGCACCUCAUUCAAGCAUCACCAGUUGAGGACCAUGAAGUCCUACUUCGCCAUCAACCAGAAUCCCGACGCCAAGGACCUUAAGCAACUCGCUCAGAAGACGGGACUGUCCAAGAGAGUGCUCCAGGUCUGGUUCCAGAACGCACGGGCAAAAUGGCGGCGGAACAAUCUGCGCCAGCAGGAACAGCCAACCACGUCACUUCCGGCGAGCAGUCCAGGAGGAACGAGCUCCUUUUCUGAACCAAGUCCCGGAGCCCCGCUGGACUACAGCAGCGCUCAGACGACCCUGGUGGUGACGGCGUCCCAGGAGUCUCUCGGAUCCUUCCAGGAGCUCUUCUGAUGGCGUGCAAAUCACAUCCCAUUAUUUAUUUCCGUUUGUCCAUCGAACGUCCUUCAUUUCGGCUCCGGAUGAGCCUGGGAGUGAGAAAGAGAGGUGUCGUGCGAUUGGUACCGCCACUUCGUGAUAUUAGGAAGUUUCAGGAAACCGUUUCUUCUGAACGAUCGAGACGGCUCAGACGGCAAGACCCCGGUGCCCAGUGCCGGCGUCUCACCGCCUUUAGGUCGUACAUAAAAUGUACAAAACGAUUUCCGGAAACUCCCUGUUGCUCUUUCGUUCCGGAAUCAAACCUUUCCAACGUAGGCGGAUACCAAAUAUUUUCGACAGUGAUGUCCGAAGAAGUUUGAAUGUCAAGAUUCUACAGAAGAGGGUCUCGAAUCAGCGCCAGGCACUUGCAUUCUCAACACCUUAGACCCCGUUCUGUCACAGCCGUUUUUCAAACACUUUAAAUGAGAGAAAUUAUCCGGACUUAUGUGCUCGCUUGCUUGUGAAAAAGAAACAUACUUCCUGUAUUGGCUAAAAUAAUCACGUAAUGAUGCACAAGACACGACGAUACGGGAACCGCAAAAGGCAGUUGGCUAAGGUGGUGCGUGUGCGGGAUGUCUCAGAACGUCCGUAAUGAUUCGUUUUGUCCAUCCCUCGCUCUACAAUCUCCUUAAAAUAUUGAUAGACGCUGCUCAUCAGUACAUUCGUGUGAACGCUGUUAUUCCUGCAACGUUUAAAGAACCUUCGCCGGGGUUAACAGUCUUACCACGAGGAAAUAGUCUCAAAGUAGAAAGUAAUUGCCAACAAACACAGCUAAUGACCUUCAGACGUUAGGAAAAGCACUCUCAAGACAGAAAGUGAUGACCAACAAACAGAGUGCAGAAACAUCUUACACUUACAACCAAAAAAAAAAAAAAAAGUCAUCCUGGCGUUUUACCUCACUGUACAUAUUUUCGACUGCCCUUCACGUAUAUAUCGGAUCGUUCGAUUGAUGUUCCAAAGUCAUACGUACCAUAUGCGCAUAUCGAUUCACCGGUCAUUUGGCUCUUCGCGAGCGGGAAGUUUCCAAGGAGCGGGAGAUAGCGAAAAUCGCCUCCGUCCCGAGUCACGUCAUUGAACAUCAUCGUCAUAACUGUCUUAGAGUGGUUCGAACGUCAUAUCCGGUGUGUGAUAAUUGGUCGCGGGCUCCGAUGUGUGCGGACUCAGCGAAAAUCGGAAACAUGAUUUGAACUGCAAAACUGUCCGCGAUCUCCUAGGUGCCCGCGGCGGAGAUGCAUGUGGUGAAUUCAUCCUCGUCAGUGUACAUACUUCACUUACGGAACUGGGUCUCGUAGAGGCCCCAGAACCGCCAAAAUAAACCUGAAA